CAAACCUAUGUUUCGCCCUCAGAAAUAUCAUGUCGAGCCUGAAAAAAUUGUUGAACCCCGAAGAUGACUCUACAAGCUUGUAUCACUCAACAACCGGACAACCUAUUUCCGCAAGCCCCUCCUCCCCCACCUCAGACGGUAGCCUCAACGCAACAGUAGAAUUUCAUCAAUACGAUCCUCCAUACAAAGAGCAUGCCCCUCAUCCCAAUUGUCCUGACACCUUGGCCUGUCUUCCAGAUACGGAUGGGCGACCGCAGCACACUCUUCCAGUAAUCUUACGCUGUGCAAUCCUCGGUAGUGCACGGAGACGUCUCACCAUUCGCGAGAUAUAUGCUGCCAUGGAGGACAAAUAUUUGUAUUUUAGGACUGCGGGUCCGACAUGGAAGCAAUCUGUCCGCCAUCACCUAUCUUUGAAUAGAUUAUUUGAAAAACAGCCUCGUCCUGUCACAGAUCCAGGCUUCGGUUCUUACUGGACAGUAAAUCUUUCUGCUCCCCCAGGCACCAAGCGGCCACGAAAGCGGGGAAGACCUACGAAGGCCGCCGAGGAGUCGUCUAACUCUACACAGCAGAAGAAACGAGGACGACCUCGGAAAUCUGUUGAUCUAUCGUCUCCCCUGAACUCACUGACUGUGGGCCCGGGACGUUCGAUGCCAUGCAACAUUUCGGCCGUACGCACCGGGGGAAAUGACCAUGACGAUGGAAAUGGCGAGGAAGAUAUGGAUAUAGGUGCAGACGGACAUGAGAUGAGUGAGGAUGAAUACGAGAGCGAGGAAGAUAUGGCUGUUCCCCCUCAUCAGUCAUCCCUUGCCGGACUUGGCGCUUUUGGGCUACACGAGGUCCCUUCUCGUUUGCUAAGCCCCUCUACAUCCCGUGCGCUGAUCGCCCACUCCGAUGAAAAUCUCGUGGACCGAUUGCAGAUUGAAAUGGCGGGAUUGCGGAGGCAGUCUGCGGAUGCGAUAUCUGUGUCCUUGAAGAUAUCAGAUCAGCUAGCGGAAGCCCAGGCUGAGGCAGCUAGAGCGAAGACCGCCCUCAGAACAGUUGAGGCGAUGCUGGAGGAGGAGGCCAUAAGAAGGAGGGAAGCUGAAUAUCUAGCAGAUCAGGAAGCUAAGUUGAGGCGAGCAGCAGAAGAUACGAUUGCACGAUUGCGAAGUCAGUGUCAGGCUGACCAUCAAGCCACAUAAGCACAUUUUAGAUCGUUGGCGCCUCCUCGUUUGCUCAUCCUUGAGCACUGGAGACUCCUUCUCCAGUAACUAGUUUUCAGCCAUUCAGUACUGGGACACAUGAAAGGACUCAACAUAUUCUACGAAUCUUCUUUACUUUCUCAAUUCAUUGGUACACAUGAGUAUUCUAGGAUUUCCAUGUAUACUUAUUGAUGAAUAUCAUCGGAAUGGACGAGUAGUUCAAAAAGGAAAUCAGAGA